AUGCAAUUGACUGAUUUACCUCCUGAAGUAUUGAAACUUGUCCUUGAUAAUUUAUCAGGUUUAGAUAUCGUUACUCUUAGAAGUUUUGGGUAUGCCAAUUGUUGGAGUGUUCAGACUGCUCUUCAACUUAUCAAACCUCGUCCUUUGAUAAUCAUUGAUGAUCAUACUGAUUAUCUUGGUUUAAAAAGAAUUGAUCCAGCAACAAGAUAUGAAGCCUUGGUAUAUAUUAAUUCCUCUAUUACCAAAUGGAAUGAUUAUUACACUUCGCUUAAAUGUAUUGAACAUAAUUUACAAUUCAUGGAUCAUCGAUUUUUAAAAGAUAUUUCUUUACAUUUCAAAUUAGGAGUUAAUGAUUAUGGUGAUACUAUGAUUAAAGUAUUAUCUAAUUUAAUGACUAUGAAUAUUAAAAAAAUGAAAUUAAAACUUGUGAUUGUUAAAUUAGUGGGUAAAAAAUAUGAUGAAAUGAUUAAUCCUGAUGUGCUUUCAUUAUUAUCCCAUUUCAAUUGGCAUUCAAUUAAAAUUAUUACUAAUAAAGCUGAACGAGAAUCAUUUAAUCAUGAUUUAGACAGACGUCUUUCGUUGCCAAUUUAUUGGAUUAGAAAUUCAUUUUCAUUAAAGGAAUUAUACUUAGGUGAAAAGGUAUUCUUAGAGGGGAAACUUUCUACUAUAACAUUACCCAAUUUAACAUCACUUGGAUUUGAAUGUAGUCAUCUUCAAGAUCGAAUUUCAUUUAAUUCAUUUUUAAAUGAUCAUGCUAAACAAUUAGAAAGUUUAUCAUUACGUAAAUAUGAUUUCUCUCAUGAUUUUUUAAUUCAGAACUUUGAAAAUUUAAACCACAUUGAAUUUUCCGGUUAUCAAACUGAUACUUGUGUGACUAUUGAUGAUAAAAGAUUUCUCGUUUCAAAAUUAUCAAAAAUAACAGUUCAUGGGAAAUAUCCUUCAUUCACAGAUUUAGUAAUUAGUGAAGGACAUAUCAUAGAACAAAACUUAGAACUUGAAGUAAAUCAUAAUGGUGAUACUUCUAUUUUACCUAUCAUUGCCCAACAAUUGAAUUCAGUUAAAAUAACUUUUAUUGAAUCUGGACCUUAUGAUACCGUUAAACCUGCUUUAGAACCAUUCCAAGAAGAAAUCCAAAGAGAAGUAAGACAAGUUACACUUUACAGUAGAAUAUUGAAAUUUGUAACUUGUGGAUUCUUUCUCUACUGGUUUUCCCGUAAACGAUAA